AUGGCGACUAUGAAGGCUGUGUUGGUCCAAAAUGGCAAAGGAGAAGCAGAUGAUAUGUACAUAGGAGAUGCUCCUAAGCCUGUUCCUGGCCCAGAUUCAUUGCUGGUCAAGGUCAAGGCUUUUGCGCUGAAUCGAGCUGACACACUUCAAAGACGUGGAGGGUACCCUGCUCCAGCUGGAAGUUCUCCUAUUAUGGGACUUGAACUGUCUGGAAUUGUGGAAGCGGUCGGUGAAAAUGCAACGUCAUUCCGAGUUGGCGAUCACGUAUUUGGACUCGUCGGUGGUGGAGCAUACGCGGAAUACUGCUUGCUACAUUACCGUGCUGCUAUUCUAGUCCCACCAGAACUCUCUUUCGUUCAAGCUGCUGCAGUCCCCGAAGCCCACUUUACUGCAUACAAGGCACUUCAUUUUGUAUGUGAAAUCCAAAGUGGAGAGGAUGUACUUAUUCAUGCUGGAGCAUCAGGUGUUGGUGUUGCUGCUAUACAGUUGGCAAAGAUGGCUGGAGCAAACCGAAUCAUUAUAACAGCAGGCUCAGAAGACAAGCUCGAAUUCUGUAAAUCAUUAGGGGCAACACAUGGAAUCAAUUACAAGACUGAAAACUUCAAGGACAAGAUUGCUGAAAUCACAAAUGGUCGUGGUGUGGAUUGUAUUGUGGAUUUCGUUGGUGCUAGUUAUUGGGAUUCAAAUGUUGCUAGCAUGGCGAUAGACGGAAGGAUGUGCAUGUUGGCUUUCUUGGGUGGUGCAACCAAAGAAUCAGUCAACUUGGCACCAUUCUUAUGGAAGCGAUUACGGAUCCAAGGAUCAGCACUACGAUCACGCUCUCUAGCCUACCAAAUCAGGUUACGUGAUCAAUUCGUUGAAGAAGUGAUGCCUGGACUAUUGGAUGGAAGAAUGAAGCUGAUUAUUGAUUCAGAGUUUCCAUGGACUCGUAUUGCAGAGGCUCACAAGCAAGUAUAUGGAAAGCAAUAUGAAUUCUGGCAAAAUAGUCAUUACAACCACAGAUUGAAAAAGGUGUAA